AUGAGGAGGUACAAUGGGACCUGGGUGAGUGAGUUCAUCCUGAUGGGCCUCUCCAGUGACAGGCAGACCCAGGUUGCACUCUUUGUCCUGUUUGGGGUCACCUACCUACUGACCCUGCUGGGCAAUGGGCUCAUCAUCCUCCUGAUUGUGCUGGACGUGCAACUCCACCUGCCCAUGUACUUCUUCCUCUGCCACCUCUCCGUGGUGGACAUCUGCUACACUUCCAGCGGGGUGCCCCAGAUGCUAGUGCAUUUCCUCCUGGAGAAGAAGACCAUCUCCUUCAGCCGAUGUGGGACUCAACUUUUCUUCUCUCUGGCCCUCGGGGGUAUCGAGUUCCUGCUGCUGGCCGCCAUGGCCUAUGACCGCUAUGUGGCCGUCUGUGACCCCCUGCGUUAUAUGAUAGUGAUGAGCCCGAGGCUCUGCGUGGCACUGGCAGCUGUCUGUUGGCUCGUGGGCCUGGCUAAUGCCGCAGUGGAGACAGCAGUUACAAUGCGCCUGCCCACCUGUGGGCGAAACGUACUGAACCACGCAUCCUGCGAGACGCUGGCACUCGUCCGGUUGGCCUGCGUGGACACCACUCUCAACCAGGUGGUCAUCGUGGCCUCCAGCGUGGUGGUGCUGCUGGUGCCCUGCUGCCUGGUCUCGCUGUCCUACACCCACAUUGUGGCGGCCGUCCUGAAGAUCCGCUCCACCCAGGGACGCCGCAAAGCCUUCGGGACCUGCGCCUCCCACCUGACUGUGGUCUCCAUGUCAUAUGGGAUGGUUCUGUUUACCUACCUGCAGCCCCGCUCUGUGGCCUGGGCGGAGCAAGACAAGGUGGUGGCGCUCUUUUACGCUGUGGUGGCCCCCAUGUUGAAUCCUCUCAUCUACAGCCUGCGCAACAAGGACGUGAAGGCUGCUCUGGGCCGAGUUCUGAUGAGGAGCUCCAGAUUAGAACAUUAGAAAGUACUUCUGUAAUGAAGGUCUCCCUCUGUAGACAGUGGACAUUCGAGUGUGCCCUCUUGCACAACACAUGCACACGUGUGAGAGAGAGAGAGACUCAGAG